AUGAUUUCCAGAGAAGAACUAUUUGAAUUGAAUAAGGCUGCCGUAACUAAUGGAUUUAAGGUUAAACCUAGAACUAGUUAUAACACUGUUGCAGGUAUUAAUGGUCCAUUAGUGAUAUUGGAAAAGGUUAAAUUCCCUUGUUACAAUGAAAUUGUUAAUUUAACUCUACCGGAUGGAAGUUUAAGACAAGGUCAAGUUUUAGAAGUUCGAGGUGACCGUGCGAUUGUUCAGGUUUUUGAAGGUACUUCUGGUAUUGAUGUUAAGAAAACGACUGUGGAGUUCACCGGAGAGAGUUUAAAGAUUCCCGUGUCAGAGGAUAUGUUAGGAAGGGUUUUUAAUGGGUCAGGUAGGCCGAUCGAUAACGGUCCAAAGGUUUUUGCCGAAGAUUAUUUGGACAUUAAUGGUUCUGCGAUCAAUCCUUACGCACGUAUUUACCCUGAAGAAAUGAUAUCUACUGGUAUUUCAGCUAUAGAUACUAUGAAUUCUAUUGCUCGUGGGCAGAAGAUUCCUAUCUUCUCUGCCUCCGGUCUUCCUCACAAUGAAAUUGCUGCUCAGAUCUGUAGGCAGGCAGGGUUGGUUAGACCUACAAAGGAUGUGCACGAUGGUCACGAAGACAACUUUAGUAUUGUUUUUGCUGCUAUGGGUGUUAACUUGGAAACGGCUAGGUUUUUCAAACAGGAUUUUGAGGAGAAUGGGUCCUUAGAAAGGACCUCGUUAUUCUUGAACUUGGCCAACGACCCUACUAUUGAGAGAAUUGUCACUCCUAGAUUUGCAUUGACUACUGCAGAAUACUUGGCUUACCAAACUGAGAGACAUGUCUUGACUAUUUUAACAGAUAUGUCUUCUUAUGCUGAUGCGUUAAGAGAAGUGUCUGCUGCGAGAGAAGAAGUUCCUGGUAGACGUGGUUACCCCGGUUACAUGUACACAGAUUUGUCCACCAUUUACGAAAGGGCUGGAAGAGUUGAGGGCCGUAACGGUUCUAUUACACAAAUUCCUAUCUUAACUAUGCCUAACGACGAUAUCACACAUCCUAUUCCUGAUUUAACAGGUUAUAUCACUGAAGGACAAAUAUUCGUUGACCGUCAAUUGAACAAUAGAGGUAUCUAUCCGCCAAUUAAUGUCUUACCAUCUUUGUCGAGAUUGAUGAAGUCUGCCAUCGGUGAAGGUAUGACCAGAAAGGACCACGGUGAUGUCUCGAACCAAUUAUAUGCCAAAUAUGCUAUCGGUAGAGAUGCAGCAGCUAUGAAGGCUGUUGUCGGUGAAGAGGCGUUAUCUAUGGAGGAUAGGUUGUGUUUAGAGUUCCUAGAAAAUUUUGAAAAGACGUUUAUUAGUCAAGGACCUUAUGAAAAUAGAACCAUCUUUGAAUCCUUAGACCACGCAUGGUCAUUGUUAAGAAUCUAUCCAAAAGAGAUGCUUAAUAGAAUCUCUCCUAAGAUUUUAGACGAAUUUUACAACAGAGCUCGUGAGGAUGACGACCAAGAUAGUGAUGAGGAGGACAAUGAAGACGUUGUGAAGGAUACCGAAAUUGUACAAUCCUUAAUUUGA